AUGAGCAAAGUAACUCCAGCUGACUUGAACUGCGACGUAUCGGUGACGGGGAGCCGGGUAGGCUUCCUGAUCACGAUGGCUGUUAAGGUGCUGGGAAUCGUGUCUAGGCCAUUCGAACGUCGGGAGUCUGAUCCCACCAGUGUUCAGGUUAUGGAAAAUGGAGGCACGUCAGCGCUGGAGACACCAAGUUUACCGCCCGUCUACCAGCAAUCGUCAACACGACGGCUGGCUUUCGGCUCAACGCCCUACGACACAUCACAUCCGUCAAAAGACUUCUAUAACAACAACACAUUGGUGAACCUGAGCAAGCUGUUCUGUGUCGCUGUUCUUCUUACCGCCUUCCUUUUGGUAAUGACUCGGGGAUUUUCAUACUUUAAUUCCCACGAAACCAAUUCGACAUCGACAGCAUUGUUCUUUCUGUAA